AUGGAGCUCCAAGCAGUACCUCUCUCAAAGCCUGUCAUUGAUAUUCUCCAGGCGCGGAAACCCACAAGGGUUGCAGUGUUUCUGAGAAGAAAAUCGCCCCUUUAUCCUAAUCCGUACGAUGAGGUCGUGCAGAAGGCCUGCUCUACUCUCGGCUGGCAACAGUUGACCAUCUUGGUCUUCGAUAUUUUCCAUGACGAAUACGACGUGUCCACUGCCCACCGCGUGGUGAAGCUUCUAGUUAUUCUAGUUGACUACGGCAAAAGACUCUCCUAUGUCAGAAUGGGGAGCCUUGAUCUUCAAGAACAUGUCAACGUUCACGUCGCGAAGCAACACAACUAUAACGGCUGGGACGGAAAGCCGCCCUUCUUUGAAGACCAGACAGGCCCAGUGCCACCAAAGUAUUAUAAUCCCCGCGACACCUCGAUGUUGUGA